AUGUAACCCACCACCCCAUAAUUAUUUCUUCGUUUCUAUUCUCUCGUUCAAGGGCAUUUUUGGUUUAGAAUGUGUUUGUUUGGGCUCACUAGCUCUCAUUGGACUCGAUAGAAUUAAUUGUUAGUGUAAUCUUGUGUUUGUUUGACAUAAGAAUUAUGUUUAAUGGGAUUAAGUCGGACUCGCUCCGACUAACCCCUUCCUUAGAAGUUCUUACCGAGAACCCUCCAAUAUCACCGGAUUGCUAAGACCAUCUACGAGACAGUUGCUCCCUCAUCCUGUUCGUGCUCGUUCUACUCCGUCAUCCUCGUCCUGCUCCCUCAUCCUUGUUCUCGUCUGCAAGUACUGGAGAAAACAAAAGAGUCCCUGGACACCAUGGCAGUCCGUUGGUUUAUUGCCAUUAUUUGAUCCUCCCAGGCACGACAGUGCAAAGCUUCAUUUCCCCUUAAAAACUGUGGGAUCAGGUUGCCAUUGGCAAGGAAACUGGAAAGAGGCUUGGUAUGGGAACAAACAUGUACCCAUCUUCCGCAUUGCUUGGCCAAGACAAGGAUGCAGCCAUAGCUUCCCUCCCUGUGGACGAGUUGAUUGAGAAGGCUGAUGGAUUUGCUGGAGUAUUUCCUGAACACAAAUAUGAAAUUGUAAAGAGGCUGCAAGAGAGGAAGAACAUCUGUGGAAUGACUGGGAAUGGUGUCAAUUACGCUCCUGCUUUGAAAAAAGCAGAUAUUGGUAUAGCUGUAGCUGAUGCUACUGAUGCUGCAAGAGGUGCUUCAGAUGUUGUUCUCACUGAACCAGGGCUAAGUGUGAUCAUAAGUGCAGUACUGACAAGCAGAGCCAUAUUCCAGAGGAUGAAGAACUAUACUUAGUAGGGAGAGAUUUGCAAGCAGGGAUUGAAGACUGCAAUUUCGGGGCAGUGUUAUAGAACAAUUUCAGAGAUGCUUCUAAGUACUGACAACCAAACCGAAGGCUGUGGCUGACUAGUGAGCGACUACAAUCUCACCCAUUUUACCUUAGCUGGUUUAGUGUCAUCCAAAAUACAUCACUAUUACAAUUUACAAAGUUGAUUUCAAUAAAGACUAACAAUUGGGACA